AUAUUGUGCUUCGUGUCGCGAUAGUUGUAAUUUACGAUUUCGGUGAAAUUUGCAAAUAACAUUAGAUUCAUACAAGUGUUAGAACGUGCAUUUAGUCGUCACAUCGUUAAAUUACUGCAUUAUUACGAUUCUAAAAACGAAAUAUAGAAUAAUAAUUAAAUUAUUGAACUUUUUCUACGUAAGACUAAAGCAAAGAUGAGUAACGACAACAAUGAGCUCGUGCAGACUGUAACAGGUCCUGUACAGCUUGAUAGUCUCGGCACAACACUAACGCAUGAACAUCUAUCCUGCGACUUCGAGAAAUUAUAUAAUAAUGAAGUUCCGUGGUUUCAUGAGAAUGGUUUCUUUGCACCUUUAUAUUCUGGCAGUUUUUCCAUACGCAAGCGAUUUCCAUAUUGUAAUUUAAAUAAUUUAUGUUUCAAUGAUCCUGAUAUAAUGGUAACUAUGUUGUAUGAAUUAUCCUUAUUCAAAAAUGCAGGCGGUAAAACCAUCGUGGAAAAUACUAGUAACGGUUUGCGUCGCGAUUUAAAAAAAUUGCAAGAUUAUAGUGUGAAAUGCGAAAUUAAUAUAAUUGCAGGAACAGGAUAUUAUACUGCUAGCGUGCAGAAUGACUCAAACCUUAAUUUUACGCAAGAAGAAAUAUACAAUAAAUUAUUGAAUGAUCUAACUAACGAGAUAGAAGAAUCCUAUCAAAUUGGCGAUUCUAAUAAUAAGAUAAAAGCAGGAUUCAUCGGAGAAGUAGGCAGCAAUUGGCCAAUCCACGAGUUUGAAAAACAUUCUAUUCGUGCCACUGGCGAAAUUCAAGCGCAACUGCAUUGUCCUGUGAAUUUGAAUCCCGGCGUUGAGGAAGAAGCACUUAGGGAAGUAAUUAGACUCUAUCGAGAGGCCGGUGGUGAUUCUAGAAAAGCGGCCAUAUCCAACAUUGAUCGCACGUUGUGGCACGAGGACAAAUUUAUGGAAUUCAUGGACGAUACUAAACACACUUACGUACAACUUGAUCUGUUUGGUACUGAGCAUUCUUUCUGUCGAAUAAGAAAUAGGUAUUACAAGAUAUUAUCAGACGCACAACGUAUCAAACGUCUCACAAAACUGAAGGAUGAAGGAAACUUGGAUCGAAUUCUCAUAAGUCAUGAUAUUCAUACUAAGGAUAGAUUGGUCACUUAUGGCGGUCUCGGAUACGCCCAUAUUUUGAAAAACUUUGUGCCACAUAUGUCAAGAUGGAAUUUUACAGUUAACGAUACAACGAUGUUAACCACUGAAAAUCCUAAGAGAUGGCUAAGCUGGAAAUAAUAAUUCACACAAAAGAAAAUUUGCAUAUUACUUUUUUUAUGUAAAGCACGAUGUAUAAAAC